AUGUAUCUUGUCCAGUAUGCUCUGCAACCGUACGUGUCUGUUGUGACGCAUGCAUUCAAUCAACAGCCUGCUCAGGCUUAUCAAGCGCCUCCGGUUUAUCGACCGACUCCAGUUCAACAACGUGUUGCGGCUCCUCCAGCUUACCAACAAGCACCAGCAACUCCUGUUUAUCAACAACCGAGAGCUCAAGCGCCAAGGCAAAAUGCUCAAAACCAGAAUAGGAGGCAAGGGGUUAGGGCGACCUUCAAUCCAAUCCCAAUGUUGUACACUGAGAUUUAUCCCUCCUUGUUGCAAAAGGGUUUGGUAGUUCCCAGACCUAUGGGACCUCCACCUGAUCGUCUUCCUCCAUGGUACAACCCUAAUGCACACUGUCAUUUUCAUGAAGGUGCCCCCGGGCAUGACCUAGAGGGUUGUUACGCUCUGAAGCACAUGGUUCGUGAACUAAUUGAAAGCAAGAUCUUGUAUUUUAAAGAUAUGGGACCAAAUGUGAAGAACAAUCCUCUUCCUCCCCAUGGAGAUCCUGCGGUAAACGCCAUUGAAGACGCCUCUGUUAGCGUUAUGGUUGAUAAGGUUGAUGAUGUUAAGAAUCCUUUGGCAGCGUUCCAUGCCCGAUUGGUGGAAGCUGGCCUGAUUAAUGUUAAUCAUGACAAAUGCGAAGAGUGUGCCACACACCAAAGGGGGUGUCAGAUGGUACGAGACAAUAUCCAAAACUUGAUGGAUAAAGGAGUGCUUCAAAUCUCCAGUGUUGCAAAGAACAAAGACGUGUUGGUAAUUGAACCUUUUUUCAAUUUACCUGAACCAGUUGAAAUCCCAUAUGACAGUGGUGGAGUGGUUCCUACGAAUAGUCAUUCGUCGCCUGUUGAGAUAUGUGUGCCCGCGCCUUUUCCAUAUGAGAGCACCAAGUUCAUGCCUUGGAAAUAUGAGAUUACCAUUGUAGACAAGGUAGUUGAAGGAAGUGCAGACGUUGAAGUGACAAAAGCUGUAAGUGAGGAUAUCACCAAUAUUGCAGGAAUGAGCAGAAUAACCCAUAGUGUUCGAAUCUAUACGCCUGAAUUCAAUGUGACCCCUCAAGGGCCGGCCAAGGAAUCUACAGUUGCAGCUCCCACUAAGGAACACGAAGCGGUCCAAUCUGAAGAUGAUGUUGAAUUCUUGAAGUUGAUCAAGAGAAGUGAUUACAAAGUGGUGGAUCAGCUGCAUCAGACACCCUCUAAGAUCUCUAUUCUGCCUCUGCUAUUGAACUCCGAAGCCCAUAGGGAGGCUUUGGUGAAGGUGCUUUCCCAAGCUCAUGUAACACAAAGCAUAACAAUAGACCAGUUUGAUGGGGUGGUUGUGAACAUCACAACUUGCAAUACUUUGAGCUUCAGUGGAGAGGAAUUACCUGACGAUGGACAAAAUCACAAUCAUGCUCUCCAUAUCUCGGUAAAAUGCAAAGAUGAUGCUUUGGCAAGAGUUUUGGUUGAUACCAGAUCUUCUCUGAAUGUUACGCCAAAGAGAACACUCGCCAAGUUAGCUUAUCAAGGACCAGCUAUGAACCUAUUUCCUUGGUAG